AUGUGGCCAGCAACGGAAGUCUGCGCGAGUUUGGUGGAAGCGGUAGAAGUGCCAGCUGGUGGAGUAGCGUUGCAGUUGCGCUGGUUCCGUGGUCUUGCAGUCAUCAUGGCAGCUUCCACUCAUAUCGUGCUGUCAUCGGCCUGCAGGAGUCCAGAUUUCCUGAAGAGGUCGACUCAGCCGGGUUCGUCAACGUUAUCAGCCGAUGCAAGCCUCGACUGGCAGUUCCCAGCUUUGCCAGGAGAUGGUAGGGCAUUUGCUAGUCCACGCGAGUGGGCGGCUGAGAAGUCAUUGCGUGAGGAAUCAGGAGACUGUGUCCUGCUUUGGGAAUCCCCGCCAGCAAAGGAUAGCGCAGGCAGUCAAAGGUCCAAAACAUUUGAGAGUUCCCGUGACACACUGACAGAGUCUGACGCUCGCUCCAGUUCAUGA